UGUCUGUCUCUCUCAAUGUCCGUCUCUCUCUGUCUGUCUCUCUCUCUCUGUCUGUCUCUCUCACUGUCUCUCUCUCUGUCAGACAUUGAUGAGUGUCAGGAGCUGCCUGGUUUGUGUCAGGGUGGCGUCUGCGUCAACACAUUUGGGAGUUUUCAGUGUUUCUGUCCGAAAGGCUUCGCUCUCAAUGACGACACUCGAGUGUGUGAAGAUGUGAAUGAAUGUGAGAAGCCCGGGAUCUGUGGUCCAGGUCAAUGCUACAACACCAUUGGGAACUACACCUGCAUCUGUCCUCCAGAUUACAUGCAGAUUAAUGGAGGAAAUAACUGCAUGGACAUGCGGCGCAGUCUGUGUUACAGGAACUAUUACACGGAGAAUGCCACGUGUGACGGUGAGCUCACGUUCAACAUGACGAAGAAAAUGUGCUGCUGCUCCUAUAACAUCGGCCGAGCUUGGAACAAACCGUGUGAACGGUGUCCUACACCCAGCACCAACGAGUUUGCAAUUCUGUGUGGCAGCGAGAGGCCGGGAUACCAAAUCGAUAUUGUCACUGGACUAGUGAUCGAUAUUGAUGAGUGCCAUGAGAUCCCCGGAGUGUGUGAGAAUGGAGUGUGUAUCAACCUUAUUGGCAGUUUCCGGUGUGAAUGUCCAAUGGGCUUCGUCUACAACGACAAACUGCUCAUCUGUGAAGAUAUUGACGAGUGUCAGAACGGACCCGUGUGUCAGCAGAACGCCAGGUGUUUGAAUCUUGCAGGCAGUUAUCGCUGUGAUUGUGAACAAGGAUACAGACUCACCCACACCGGACUGUGUCUGGAUCGUAACGAGUGUGUAGAGAACCCUAAUGUGUGUAGUCCAGGUCAGUGUAUCGAUUUGGUGGGAGGAUAUCGGUGUCUCUGCCCCAAUGGCUACAAGGCCAUCACUGCCCCUGCCAUGUGCAUAGAUGUGGACGAGUGUGAGAGACAACCGUGUGGUAAUGGAACGUGUAAGAACACCAUUGGCUCCUACACCUGCCUCUGCUAUCCAGGGUUCCAACUGUCGCACAAUGAUGACUGCAUCGAUACUGAUGAGUGUACCACACAGAGAGGAAUAUGUCGCAAUGGGAACUGUAUCAACACAGUGGGCUCCUUCAUAUGUGUGUGUCGUGAUGGUUAUGAACUUUCUCCAGACGGCCGGGUCUGUGUGGAUAUUAAUGAGUGUGAUAUCAACCCUGGAACUUGUAGUCCUGGAACCUGCCAAAAUCUGGAUGGCUCCUACAGGUGUAUCUGCCCUUCUGGAUAUUACCUCUCAGCGGAGAAGUGCCUAGAUAUCGAUGACUGUGCUCAGACUCCAGAUAUCUGUAUCUUUGGACAAUGCCAAAAUACAGAAGGAAGCUUCAAGUGCAUCUGUCCUGAAGGCUUCCAGCUCUCUUCCUCUGGGAGGAGGUGUGUGGAUAAACGAGUGAGUUUUUGUUACACUAAGUUUGAGAAUGGUCGUUGUUCAGCUCCGAAGCCUCUGAACACCACUAAAGGAGAAUGUUGCUGCAGUGCUAUGCCUGGUCAUGGAUGGGGAGACCCCUGUAACUUCUGUCCCAACAGGACCUCUAAUGACUUCAGCCUGCUCUGCUACAGCACUGGACAGCCGUACGGGACAGACGAUGGACCCGAGGACACGGAUGAGUGCAAAGACCCGAACAUCUGCCAUAACGCUCAGUGUAUAAACACAGACGGCUCGUUCCGUUGUGACUGUCACAUCGGAUACACUCUCGACUCGUCAGGGGCAAACUGCACAGAUAUAGAUGAGUGCAGUGUGGGGAACCCAUGUGGUAACGGAACCUGCACUAAUGUGAUUGGAGGAUUUGAGUGUGCAUGUGACGAGGGAUUCGAACCUGGACCCAUGAUGACAUGUGAAGAUGUGAACGAGUGUUCCCAGAAUCCUUUGCUGUGUGCCUUCCGCUGUAUGAACACAUACGGCUCCUAUGAGUGUAAAUGUCCUGCGGGAUAUGUACUCCGAGAAGAUCAACGGAUGUGCAGAGACCAGGACGAGUGUGCAGAAGGUCUGGAUGACUGCAAGUCCAAAGGAAUGACCUGUAAGAACCUGAUCGGAACCUACAUGUGUAUCUGUCCAGAGGGAUACACCCGAAAACCAGGAGGAGAGGGGUGUAUAGAUCUGAACGAGUGUACAGCGAAGCCCAGAGUGUGUGAGAAUGGCCGCUGUGAGAACACAGUGGGAAGCUACAGGUGCAGGUGUGACCAAGGAUUCAUACCCAGCUCCACAAUUACAGAGUGUAUCGAUAAUCGGCAGGGUUUCUGUUUCACUGAGGUUCUGCAGACUUUGUGUCAGAUGGGCUCCUCCAACCGAGUGAGCGUGACGAAAUCAGAGUGUUGUUGUAAUGGAGGUCGCGGUUGGGGAUCAGACUGUGAGAUCUGUCCUCUUCCUGGAACGACCCAGUACAAAAAAAUGUGCCCACUUGGUCCUGGAUACACCACCGACCGACAGGAUAUUGAUGAGUGUAAGGUGAUGGGGAAUCUGUGUAAGAAUGGACGAUGUGUGAAUACACAGGGCUCCUACCAGUGCGUCUGUAACCCCGGAUACACCACCGACAUUACCAGCACCAUCUGUGUUGAUGUGGAUGAGUGUGCUCAGGCUCCUAAACCAUGCAACUUCAUCUGUAAGAACAUCGAGGGAGGAUAUGUGUGCUCCUGUCCACGGGGUUACAUACUGCAGGAGGACCGCAAGAGCUGCAAAGAUCUGGACGAAUGCUCCACUAAACAGCAUAACUGUCAGUUUCUGUGUGUGAACACAAUCGGUGGAUUCACCUGCAAGUGUCCACCUGGAUUCACGCAACAUCACACAGCCUGCAUCGAUAAUAACGAGUGUACGUCAGAUCCAGGUCUUUGUGGUAGUAACGGAGUGUGUCAGAACAGUCCAGGAAGUUUCAGCUGCGAGUGCCAGAGAGGGUUCUCACUCGACCAGGGCGGCCAACGCUGCGAAGAUGUUGAUGAGUGUGACGGAGAUCAUCGGUGUAAUCAUGGCUGUCAGAAUCUGAUUGGUGGAUUCAGGUGUAGCUGUCCUCACGGCUACCUGCAGCACUACCAGUGGAACCAGUGUGUCGAUGAGAACGAGUGUCAGAGUGGGCAGGUGUGUGGCGGUGCGUCGUGUCACAACACACUGGGCAGUUUCCGCUGUGUGUGUCCCAGCGGCUUCAUGUUCACUCACAACAGCGGCGCGUGCGAGGACGUGAACGAGUGCUCAUCUCCACAGAACCCCUGCAACUACGGCUGCUCCAACACCGACGGCGGAUUUGUGUGUGUGUGUCCACCCGGAUACUACAGAGCCGGACAGGGGCACUGCGUAUCAGGAGUGGGCUUUAGCAGCAGUACUCCACCUGCAGUAGAUGAGGAGAACGCUCUCUCACCUGAAGCGUGUUACGAGUGUAAGAUCAACGGCUAUCCAAAGAAAGGCCGGAAACGACGCAGCAGCAACACAACCGAGGAACACACCACACAGGUUGAUCAAGAAGUGAUUACUUCAGCCAGCGUGGAUGUUGAUGACAUCAUUCGUUUUAACCUGAGCGUUGGAGACCUAAGUGCUAAAGAUCACAUCAUCGAGUUCCUGCCAGCUCUCUCCACACUCAAAAACCACGUCCGUUAUGCUAUCGACUUGGGGAACGAUGCUGGCCUGUUCAAACUCAACCAGCGGGAUGGAGUGAGCUUCCUGCACUUGUCCAAAAACAAGCGCCACCACCUUCUGCCUGGAGUUUAUUAUUUACAAAUCAGCGGCGUUCCUGUGUACGGUAAGAAGGAGCUGGAUGCGCUAGAGGACGAGAACGAUAAAGACUACCUCAGUGGAGAACUGGGAGAAACGCUACACGUUAAACUACAGAUCAACCUGCAUUAGCUAUACACCAAAGAAACGAUCAAAGAGGACUCUUAUUUACUACAGCGAAAGAUCUCCACACCAGAGAUAUCGUCUCUCCACAUCGUCUCUCAGAAAUAACCAUAACAAUAAUAACAGUACAUAUCUACAUUCUAUAGAACUGAAAGCUGCAGCGUCAAAGUGUUUUGUCUGAUCCAACACACAUUUUGAAUUACAGCAUUGUUUGUACUGUGCUCUUGUCCAAUUCCCCCAUCAGAUAAGUGUGAACUCGCACCAAGCAUGAUGUAGCUCAAGCAAUUUUCUCUAAGAUUCAACAGUGUCCUUCACAUUGGCUUGCUAACUUUCUAGUGUGAUUAUAAGCUAAUAGAAUAAAUAUAGCAAACAAUCAGAAAAAAGCUGAAUAGCUAUCUAGCAUGGCAACAAAGGGUCUCCACUUAGCUACAAGGCAAAAAUUGCUAACCAGCUGGCAUGCUAACUAGUUAGUAGAGUAAACCUGGAUGAGUAGCUUGCUUGCUGAGUAUGUAGCAUGCUGAUUAGAUGUUACCAGCUAGACAGCUGUCUGUGUUGAUAGCAAUUACCCAACAUGUUAACUAGCUAACAGAGUAAAAUGUGCCGACUAGCUGGCUUGCUAAUUAGCUAAUGUGCUACCCUGCUAGUAGAACACAAGUUGCCCAGCUCCCUCAGAAUCAUAUACAGAUGUACAAGCAUAAGUAACAAAACCUAAUAAAAGCCCAAUGCCUUCUAGCUUCAGCCACCAUUUUGAAAAGAAAACGUUCUUAGAUUGCAGCAAUGCUUUCUGGGUAAGUUGUGAUCCUGCAAACUAGUGUUUAUGUCUACAACUCGAUCAUCUAGAGCAUCUUGGUCUAGGUCAAGGGGAAGUGGACAAGGGCAGAUAAAAACAGUAUUGAAGCAGACAUGAAGCUAAAGUGGGUGAAUAAAUUGUGUUCGAGCAGGAGACUGGACAGAAAUAUCAUUUAUUAAAUCACUAAUUUUUGACCACUUUAAAGCUUAAAAGUCUCAAAGUUACAUUUCAGUCUAAAAUAAAUGCCCACAAUGUCCUCUUUACCCUAAAUGUAUUUGAUACAUGUUUGAAGUGCACCAUUUGUAUUAACUAAUGAACUGUAUACCUAGUUAGCAUUAGCAGGUCAAUUAUAAUUACGUAUAUUUCUUAUUGGAACUAAUAAAAGCUGGACAUGCCACGCCCAAAGGCAACUUGUCACAUGUGAAUGCAGGAUAAAGGAAGCCUCCAUUUUAACACCAGUGCAAAUUGACCUCAGUUGUUCUGUACCUCAAACAGAUUUGACACAUUCUGUCUAAAGGGGAAUAUUGUGUGCUAUUUAUUUUCAGCUGAACUGUUAUUUUAUUUUUUUUUGGUUCCAUUGUGGUUAUAAAGGACUCUGCUUCUUUCUUUUCUGCGCUGUCUAUCUUAGCUCAGUGUUUUAAUCGUAUUUACUGGUGCUAAUAACACGUCAACAUUAGAUUUAUGAAUGCACUGCAAACUGAUGCCACUUAAUGCCUUUCGCUACUCUGUGCAGGACGUGUGUGUAUUACUGUAACCAUGCCGCGUUUAACCUGGGGAUCUUUUAUAAACACAUGUAUAGUGCCCUGGACUGAAGGGCUCACAAUGGUGCUCAUUAUAAAGACCAACUACUUUUUUUAUUCCGAUUCUGUAACUGUACAUUUCACCUUUCAGAGGAAGAAAAAGAAAGAGACUACUGCACUGAGGCCGUCCAGGCCGAAAACACGCACUCGCAAUAUAGUCAGUGCCUUCAACGAGACACCACCAUCAUUCAGUGUUCACAUCAUGAGGAGUUUAGGUGUAAAUUCACAAUAAAAGAACGUUUUGGUUUGAACAGGG